AUGAUUAUACAUUUAGCACUAACAAAACAAAACAAAACAAUGAGAUAUUUAUGGUCAUUAAAUGAACCAUUUCAAUAUCUCUUGGAAAAAGCAAACAUUAAUCAACUAUCAAAUGUACGCUAUGCAUCUUAUUUACCACAGAUGGAAAUAUUAAAACAUGAGAAUGUAAUUUUAUUUAUUUCCCAUGGAGGAUUUAAUAGUGUUGCUGAGUCAUUAAUAUUUAACAAACCGAUGUUAAUUAUACCAUUAACACCACAUCUGGAUCACGCUGAUAAUGCAUUAAGGGUUGAGAAAUCUGGAUGUGGAAUUAUGCAUUUGGGAUGGAAUUUGAAACCAAUAUUAUUGCAACAACAAAUAUCACUAUUAUUACAAAAUAUCAGUGUUAACAUUGAUGAUAACAUGACGUAUCCAAAUCCAUCUGAUUUUAAAAAAAUGAAUCAUUUCUUUGCAGCUGCUCAUCGUAUUGGGAGAUUGCUCCGUUCUGCUGGUGGUACUACUCAAGCAGCGACUAUCAUCGAAGAGUUUUUAGAAUUUGGAUACCAACAUUUGAUAUUUAAUCAACCAACUUACAAACAAUCAUUCAUCAUUCAUAGUCUUGUCCUCCUCGUUACUACUGCAACCAUUGCGCUAUUAGUGCUAUUACCAUAUUGUUGUUGUCGCAUUUGUUAUCGGAAAUUCAAACCAAAAUUGGUUAAGCAAAAGGGAAAAGCUCAUUAA